CUUAUUUUGAAAAGCCCCACAGGAAGUAUAGGGUUCCUCUUUCAGCUGCUGUCAGUGUAGGAGUUACCCCCAUCUUGUGCUCUCAGCAUACAGACAGUCUUAACAUCAAGACUUUAUCUUCAGUCAAACGGAUCACACAUCUGCGAGCAGCCAUGGCCAAAUGGGGGGAAGGAGAUCCUCGGUGGAUCGUUGAAGAGAGAGCUGAUGCAACAAAUGUCAACAACUGGCACUGGACAGAAAGGGAUGUCUCUGCCUGGUCUUCAGAUCGCCUACGUCAACUCCUGCUAAGCAUUCGGGUGGAGGGACCUGAAGGUGUCUGUCAGAUGACUGAGGUCAGCAAGCUGGAAGGAGAAGCUUCCAUCAACAACCGCAAAGGAAAACUCUUCUUCUUCUAUGAAUGGCAGCUGAAGGCCAGCUGGCUGGGAACAUCGGUCGGUGGGGUGAAGUACAGAGGUACCGUAGAGGUCUCCAACCUGUCCGAUGAGAACGAUGAAGAUGACCUGGAUGUCAACGUUUCUCUGUGUAAGGAUCAGUCCGACACGCCACUCCUUGGCCUCAUGAAAAGGACGGGAGUUACAGAGGUCCGCAGAGUUCUGACCAAGUACGUUCAGGACCUUAAAUCAGAGUUUAGUCAGGGAAUGAUUCUUCCAACUGCUGAUGGGAAAGAUCCACCGAUUCCUGCAAAAACCAAGAAGAACCUGGUCAAAAGCAGAACCCAGAUGACCCCCCCUCAGAAGAGCUUGUCUGGCCCAACUCAAAGUUCCACAGGAGUCCUUAUCCCAACUUGCGGGUUCAACCUUCAAGAAACCUUUCAGACUUCUGCUGAUGAGCUUUACCAGACCUUCAUCAACCAAGAGUUUGUGCAAGUUUUUACAAGACUGCCGGCGGCCGUGGACAGCAGGAGAGGCGGAAAGUUCCAGCAUCUGGAUGGAAGUGUCAGCGGAGAGUUCACAGAGCUGGUGCCCCACCAGCGCAUUCGUAUGAAGUGGCGCUUUAGGACAUGGCCCAGCGGACACUUUGCUGCCGUCAGUCUGGAGCUGGAGGAUCGAGGGGAUGAGACGGUGUUGACACUGGAGUGCCGGGGGGUCCCUGCAGGCGAAGAGGGGUCCACCGAGGAGGGCUGGAGGCGCUUCUACUUUAAUGCUAUCAAGCAGGCGUUUGGAUACUGAGCUCUGAGCAGCACUGCAUCUUGUUGCUGAGCAGCAGGAGGAAGUGCUGCUCAGUCGCUGCAGUAAAUUGUCUUUAAACGGAUCAAAGAUCGGAUUUGGGUUUAACUGUGUACAUAGUCCCUGAAAAAUGGCACACGUUUGAUCGGAAUAAAUCCUUUUGACAUGCACAGAA